UUCAAACGCGUUUGCGCAGGACGACCUGGGGUUCCAUCUUUUUUUCUGAGCUUCCUUCCGGGAGUGAGUUCUGCCUCGCGGCCGCAGCCACAAACGGCAGCAGCCCGGGUGCGGGCUUUGUCAGCUCUGGUCGGCGAGUCGUCGCGGCGAGGCAGAAAUGGAGUCUGAGGAUUUAAGUGGCAGAGAAUUGACAAUUGAUUCCAUCAUGAAUAAAGUACGAGAUAUAAAAAAUAAGUUUAAAAAUGAAGACCUGACUGAUGAGCUAAGCUUGAAUAAAGUCUCUGCUGAUACCACAGAUAAUUCAGGAACUGUUAACCAAAUUAUAAUGAUGGCAAACAAUCCAGAGGACUGGUUGAAUUUCUUGCUCAAACUAGAAAAAAACAGCGAGCCCCUAAAUGAUGCUCUUUUAAAUAAACUCAUUGGUCGUUAUAGUCAGGCAAUCGAAGCACUUCCUCCAGAUAAAUAUGGCCAAAAUGAGAGUUUUGCUCGAAUUCAAGUGAGAUUUGCUGAAUUAAAAGCUAUUCAGGAGCCGGAUGAUGCACGCGACUACUUCCAGAUGGCCAGAGCAAACUGUAAGAAAUUCGCUUUCGUGCAUGUAUCUUUUGCACAAUUUGAACUGUCACAAGGUAAUUUCAGAAAAAGUAGACAACUUCUUCAUAAAGCUGUAGAAAGUGGAGCAGUACCUCUAGAAAUGCUGGAAAUUGCCAUUCAGAAUUUAAACCUCCAGAAGAAGCAACUGCUUUCAGAGGAGGAAAAGAAAAAUUUUUCAGCACCAACAGUAUUAACUACCCAAGAAUCAUUCUGCAGCUCGGUUGGACAUUUACAGAAUAGAAGCAUCAAUUGUGAUACCAGAGGACAGGCCACUAAAGCCAGGUUUUUGUACGGAGAGAAUUUGCCCCCACCAGAUACAGAAAUAGGUCAUCGAAAUCCCUUGAAACCAAGUAACAAAACUAAACGGUCACACCCAUUUGGAAGAGUCCCAGUUAACCUUCUAAGUAUCCCAGAGAGUCUUGUGAAGACAGAUGGCUCAGUUGUACCAAGUUUUACAAAAAGACAGAUCUCUGGAUCAGAUUGCAGAGAUAUGAUUAUGCCUGGAUUUAAAUCAAGUGGAAAUGAUUCUUGUGAAUUAAGAAAUUUAAAGUCUGUUCAAAAUAGCCAUUCCAAGGAUCCUUUGAUAUCAGAUGACAAAAGCUGCGAAGUUCUUACUGAUUCAGUCACUCUGAAGAAUAAAACGGACUCAGGUUUUGUAACUCAGUUAGAAGAAGCUAGAGAGCAUCAAGAACUGAAGAUGCCGGAAAGUGCCCAGCAGCAUUGGCAGUCUAAGAAAAAGUCAGAAUGUGUGAGUCAGAAUCCUGCUGUGUUUUCCAGUCAGUGGCAUGUUCCAGAGCGAACCCCAAAGGCUGAUACAGAGCAGAAACAUACCACUAUUGAGCAACCUGUCUUUUCAGUUUCAAAGCAGUCACCACCAAUAACUACACCUAAAUGGAUUGAUCCAAAGUCUGUCUGUAAGACACCAAGCAACAAUACCUUGGAUGAUUACAUGAGCUGUUUUAGAACACCAGUUGUAAAGAAUGACUUUCCACCUGCUUCCCAGUUGUUAACACCUUAUAGCCAGCUUGCUUGUUUCCAGCAGCAAAUACCUGCUACUCCACUUCAAAAGUUACAACAGAUUUCAGCAUCUUCUUCAACAAACGAGUGCAUUUCGGUUAAAGGAAGAAUGUAUUCCAUAUUAAAGCAGAUAGGCAGUGGAGGUUCAAGUAAGGUAUUUCAGGUAUUGAAUGAAAAGAAACAGAUACAUGCUAUAAAAUAUGUAAACUUGGAAGAAGCAGAUAACCAAACUGUGGACAGUUACCGGAAUGAAAUAGCUUAUUUGAGUAAGCUACAGCAACACAGUGAUAAAAUCAUUCGACUUUAUGAUUAUGAAAUCACGGACCAAUACAUCUACAUGGUAAUGGAGUGUGGAAACAUUGAUCUUAAUAGUUGGCUUAAAAAGAAAAAAUCCAUCAAUCCAUGGGAACGCAAGAGUUACUGGAAAAAUAUGUUGGAGGCAGUACACACAAUCCAUCAACAUGGCAUUGUUCACAGUGAUCUGAAACCUGCUAACUUUCUGAUAGUUGAUGGAAUGCUAAAGUUAAUUGAUUUUGGAAUUGCAAACCAAAUGCAACCAGACACAACAAGUAUUGUUAAAGAUUCCCAGGUUGGCACAGUUAACUAUAUGCCACCAGAAGCAAUCAAAGAUAUGUCUUCCUCAAGAGAGAAUGGGAACUCCAAAUCAAAGAUAAGCCCCAAAAGUGAUGUUUGGUCCUUAGGAUGCAUCCUGUACUAUAUGACUUAUGGCAAAACACCAUUUCAGCAUAUAAUUAAUCAGAUUUCUAAAUUACAUGCCAUAAUUGAUCCUAAUCAUGAAAUUGAAUUUCCUGAUAUUCCAGAGAAAGAUCUUCAAGAUGUGUUAAAGUGUUGUUUAAUAAGGGACCCUAAACUGCGGAUAUCGAUUCCUGAGCUCCUGGCACAUCCAUAUGUUCAAAUUCAAACUAUUUCAGGUAACCAAGUGGCUAAAGGAAGCACUGAUGAGAUGAAAUAUGUUCUGGGCCAACUUGUUGGUCUUAAUUCUCCUAACUCCAUUUUAAAAGCUGCUAAAAGUUUAUAUGAGCGUUACAGUAGUGGUGAAAGUCAUGAUUCUUCAUCAUCCAAAACUUCUGAGAAAAAAUUUGAGAAGAAAUGAUAUUCUAAUCAGACUGUCACAUGACACCAUGAAACAUGUUGGGCUGUUACACUCUUUUCUAUGGAUCCGCUCUUGAAAGGAGCUUCAUUCUGAAAUCUUGUCAGGAAAAAAAAGAAUGAAUACAACAGAUUAUCCUCAAAAGGAAGCUAAAAGGAACCACUAUGUAUAUAUUACAUUGUAGAAUUGUUUUCCAAUUGUAUACUUUCCUGUAAAUUAAUCUGUUGGAUAGGGACAGUAUUUCACACUUGCAAUAGCCAAUAGACAACAGAUGUAUAGAUGUAUAUUCUAAAGGACUGUGUAAAUAAAACUUGAUAGCAUGAAUGACACUAAAAUUUCAGGAUUGUAAAAAAUUUCAAGGUCAUAAGGUUUUUUCUUGAGAUAUAUGUGUGUGUAUGUGUAUGUUGGCAUGGCACCAUAAUUCCUGUAGUACUAAAAAUUGGAUUAAGAGAAGUCAUGAGAAUGGACCUUGGGAGAUAAACUUUGGGGAGGCGGAAGUCCCAAAGGUGAAUUCCUUGGUCCCUGAGUACUUGUGGCUCUGAUGUAGUCCAUACUUGUACAGCUGUACUGUCUCUCUCAUUUCUGCCUUUGAUUUUUCAUUGUAUCCAUUGAUUUUUGUGUUUAGAGUACUAUGCUGUAUUCUGUGUGCCAUGCCCUCUCUGUGUGACCUACUAAUGCAUAAUUAUGAACUUGGCCUCAGGGACGCUUGACAACAUCCAAAAGCUUAGUUACAGAGAGAAUAUCCCUCAUUCAACAGUCUGACAAACAACAUGACCCGAGGGCUAAAACAUUUUGAAUGCUGACAUAAUGCCACAUGUGGUAGGCACACAGUGAGCAUGGUAUAAAAAUUACCUUAAGGCUAAAUGUAUGUGUGUAUAUAGAACAAAUUGAUUUAGUAUUUAGACUUGCACGCUGUCCCCAAGGUAGCUCACAUGUAUAUAUACUUAUAUUCCAGCAUCCA